CUUAGUCUCUUGUAAAGAGGGUUUUUUUUUCUUCCAACAGGUCAUACACCAGCACUUUGUAACCUUUAGUUGUACCAUAGCAUCUCAUCCUUUCUUUACCUUGGCUGAAUCUCAGGGCCCAGUGGAGCUCCAGUCCUCUUUAGGGCUUCUUACACCUUCUGUUUAUUGAAUCUCCCCCCCACCGGCAAAGCGACUGGCGGGACAGAACAGACGUUUUUUUUUCUUCCCCCCUCUUUCUGACCCGCCAUGUUUCUGGUGCUAGUGGUGACGCCGGAGCUGAGGGAGUUCUUGGCCAGGGCGAGAGGUGGAGCCGUGCGCCUCAUCCAGGUGCGCAUCCAAGACGAGCAGCUGGUGCUCGGGGCCUACAGAGAGCCAGAAAAGAGCUGGGACCAGGAUUACGAUCGCUUCCUUCUACCCCUCCUGGAUGACCAGGAGCCCUGCUACAUCCUGUACCGCCUCGACUCCCAGAACGCACAAGGCUUCGAGUGGAUCUUCAUCUCAUGGUCCCCUGAUGAGUCCCCGGUGAGACAAAAGAUGCUGUACGCUGCCACCCGGGCCACAGUGAAGAAAGAGUUUGGCGGGGGCCACGUGAAAGAUGAACUAUUCGGCACAGCUGAGGAGGACGUCUGUCUGCUGGGCUACCAGCGUCAUGUGUCAUCCUGCUCGGCUCCGGCCCCGCUCACGCUGGCCGAGCAGGAGCUGCAGAGGAUCAAAAUCACAGAGGGUAGGGUUAAGCAGGUUAAGACAGAGAUCAGUGUGGAGAGCAAACACCAGACUCUGCAGGGCCUCGCUUUCCCACUUCAGGAUGCAGCCAAGGGUGCUCUCCAACAACUGGCUCAGAAGCGCAUCAACUACAUACAACUGAGGUUGGACACAGAGAGAGAGACAAUUGAGCUGGUCCACUCCAAUCCAACAGAAACUCGCGACUUGUCCCACAGAGUCCCAACUGACACACCCAGAUAUCACUUCUUCCUCUACAAGCACUCCCACGAGGGAGACUACCUGGAAUCUGUGGUAUUCAUAUACUCCAUGCCGGGUUACAGCUGUAGCAUCAAGGAGCGGAUGUUGUACUCCAGCUGCAAGAGCCGACUGCUUGAAGAAGUGGAAAAAGAUUACCACUUAGAGGUCACUAAAAAGCUGGAGAUCGAAAACGGAGAUGAACUGACAGAGGAAUUCCUGUACGACGAGGUCCAUCCCAGGCAGCAUGCCCACAAACAAGCCUUCGCUAAGCCCCGCGGCCCAGCAGGAAAGAGGGGACACAAGCGUCUUAUCAAGGGCACAAAACAGGAAAGCUAGGGCUAAUCGAAGAAUUUCUCCUCCUAUAGGAUCAAGCCCAUCCCAGUUUCAGCCCCCCCCCCGCCCCAGAGUUUUACCAUGCCAAUGGGCACCCCGGCAGGUCUUGAGGGGGGGGGGGCACAUCUCUGGAUUUCUUUUUGUCAUUUGUACAUUGACGACCCCCCCCCCACACACACUUGUGAUUUUAACAUUUUUAGCAUGGGUGCCUUUCGCUAACACUCAAAAGAGUAAAUUAGAUGUGAAUUCGAGAUUUUCUCAUUUUCAUUCUGUUUAAGUCAAUUUGUAACCGGCUCCAAGAGAACAAAUACAUCCGAACACAAUAGUAUUCAGUUUCAGUUUUCAAAAAACAAAAAUAAAUAAAUAAAUACAUAAAAUAUGCACAGCACUAUUGGCUGAACUGCUCGUUUCUCUCAUGUGUUGUUUUGACCUUUUUACCAUAUAGACUUCUACUGAAACUGUAUUAUAUAAACCAAUGUUUAAAGUUCUCCUUUUGUUGCUUAUGUCUUGCCUCCACCAAUAUUUUGUAUCAACUGUGUUUAUAUGAACAAAUGAUAUGACAGGAAAUUCCAAAUUAAACCUUGUUUAUA